AACCUGUUCAUGACCCGAAGGGCAAUGGAAGAGCCCAAAUCCAUUCAGAGGAGGUUUGAAGCGGCUGUUAAAGUGAUCCGAAGUUUACCUGAAGAUGGCUCCUAUGUUCUGUCUGAUGAUAUGCUGGUUAUGUUCUACAGUUACUACAAACAAGCUACAGCAGGACCCUGUAACACCCCCAAACCCAACUCUUGGGAUCCGAUUGGUAAAGCUAAAUGGGAGGCAUGGAAAAACUUGGGAAACAUGUCGAAGGAACAAGCCAUGAAGGAAUAUGUUCAGGAAAUACAGCUGAUAAUUGAAACCAUCCCGCUCACAGACAGGAUGGCAGAAUUAAUGGACGCUCUUGACCCAUUUUAUGAGAUAGUGGUUGAAGAUGAUGAUGAUGACGAAGAUGCAGUCAGUAAAGCAGCACCCUUAUCCACAGGAAACACUAAUGCUCAAAACACUGAUGAUGAUGAUGCUAAGAAAGCUGAAGAGGGGGAAAAUGAAAUUAAUGGGGAAAAUGAGCAAGAUGACAUGGAGGAGAGGAGGACAGAUUCAAGCACAUUUGCAGCAGGGAGAGGAGGUUUAUCAGUGUUUAAUGAAAGAGAGGAGAACAGCAUGUCCUCCUCAACCGAUGAUGCUCAUAGUUCACUGAACACAGAGGAGGAAGAGGAGGAACUGGUUUAUGAUGACUCAGACGAUGAGAUGUACAGUGACUCAAUGGGAAAUCCAGCAUCACAAGAGAAGGGUUUGGGAGUUCUCCGGGUCCAUUUGGCAGAUGUGAGUGUGGCGGGGGCCCACAUGCAACAAGGGGGAAGCGGAGAGCCUCAGUGUGGGAGUCCGGAUGGAAAGCCCCUCGUCCCCCAUCCACCGACACUGGGACCGGUCCGAACUGACAGAGUGUCAGAACGAGGUGGAAGAGGUUGUCAGUUGACAGGAACUGAGCUAGUACCAGAUGAACAUGAUAACUUAUCAGAGGGCAGUUGCCAAGGAAGUGCUCAGUGCUGUGAGACUGAAGAGAGAGCGGACAAGCGUGCGUUUGACCCACAGAUCGCUGUGAUGUUGUCCCAGUUACAGGACGAUAUGCAGGAUGUGCUGCACAGACUGACCACACUGGAGCUCCUCAAAGCAUCACAAGCUGAAAUCCUUCCUCUCAAAACUCGGCACUUGUCAAAGUCACCAAAAAAGAGGUUGCUCUGGUGGCCUUUAAACUCGUCCCCUAUCACUGUAGCACUGACAGUUAUCUGGCCCUUUGCUGUGCACUGGCUGGUGCAGUUUUACUUACAGAGGAGGAGAGUGAAGUGAAGAUUCAGUUCGAAGUGAAGACGCAGAUCCUGAAGACUUUGAAGUUGUCUGGAGUCGUAUCUGAUAUAAACACAACAGUGAAUAUUGUGAAGCCACACUAAGCCUCGGGACCUUCAUAAGGACACACACUACUGUUCAGAAGUUUAGGAUCCAUGAAACAUAAAAUUCAUUUAUAAUUUACAAAAGAUUUCCAUUUCAAAUAAACAUUGUAUUUUUGAAUGAAAUGUAUCAAGGUUUACACAAAAAUA